GUCGAGGGGAGUCGAGGAAGAAGAAAGCAGUUUCGCCUAAAAGGAAAGCCUCACCCAGGAGAGAGGGGCGAGCUAAGCAGGAUCAAGGACGAGAGGACAGAUGGAAGGACCGACCUAUCUUUGGAGGGAAGAGGUUCCAUGAUUACACCCCGUUGAACGCGAAGAUAGCUGAGGUCUUGAUGGCUAUGGAGAAAGGGAUAGAUGGGAAAGAUGUGACGUGGCCAAGGUCGAGGUUAGAAGGGCCAACCCAACCGAAGUCGAGGAGAUAUUGCCGCUUCCACAAAGACUAUGACCAUACUACUGAGGAUUGUCAGCAUCUCAAGGACGAGAUUGAGCGCCUUAUUCGAGCAGGGCAUCUCAAGGAGUUUGUCUAUCAGGAUAAAAGGAGGAGGAAGGAGAAGAGAAGGUGUCGGGAGGACUCGGUGGAGAGGAGCGAGGAAAAUGAUGAUGAGGAUGCACGAGAUGGUCGGAAAAGAGAUGAGCAUAAAAGGAGGCGAGAAAGUAGGGAGCGGGAAAGAGAAGAAGAUGGAGGCCAAGUGAAGAGAGGCACGAUAUAUAUGAUUUCAGGAGGACUGACUGACGGGGACUCGAAUAAUGCGAGGAGAGGCCAUGUUCGAGCAAUAAAAAAGAAGAGAGAAGAGGUGAGUAUCACGACCCGAGUACCAGAAAUCA